AAAACUCAGAAAUUCCAAGUAUUUUCUAUAAAAUUUCUGAGAUUAAGCUAAAAUGUUUCAGCAUUUUUACAAAAGAGCUAUGUGCAACAUGUUAGAGUUAUUGCUGAUUUUUUUUGGCAGAAAAAUAGAGGAGUAUUUUUCUGCCAAAGAAUGCAGAAGUGUUGAAGUUAAUGUCAGAAACUUGGAAAUUUCUGAAUUUGAAAAUUUGAAACUUUUUUAACGCUGAAAAUUUCAGGGGUUUUUUCUAGAAAACUUCUGAGAUUAAUCUAUAUAUUUUUUAGUCUUUUCUGGGAAAAUUUCAACUUUUCAAACUCAGAAAUUUCUGGGUUUUUCUAGAUAAUUUCUCAGAUUAAUUCUUAAUUUUUGGGGUGGAAAUUUUCUCUUUUUUGACCCUCAUGCGCCAUGGCAUUAAGGUCACCAUUCACUAUGAUGGCACAUCGUUUCAAACAUGUUUCUUUCAGUAAUUCAUCUCUCUGGUUUUUGCUGGGUUUGUCUUCUUGUUUCUUGAAAACGUAACCUUCAGAAAUGAUCUUGAUCUUUAAAAAAGAUCUUUUUUUCUGUCAUCUAAAAGCUUUGGGAGUGUUUACUGAUCAACGCGGCACAGAGGAACCGAAACGUCCGCUGCUUUCCCCCAACCUAUUAGCUGACCCUCAGGUUUCCAUAUUGUUCUCCUCUUGUGUUUGUCGUCUCCCUUCGCAACCUCAGGUGUUUCUGUCCUCCAUCGGCUCCAUUUUCAUAUGAAGAAUAAAUGCUGGGAAUAAUUAAUGUACUUAUUUUAAUGCUGCAUUUUUUCUGUUGUUUCAAAAGCCAGAGCUGUUCCUGUUUGAUUGUUAAACUGUUUCAUAUUCUGGGCCAGGAAACAUUUUAAAGAGUUUCCUUAGAGUUUGUCUGUUAAAUCUAGUGAAAUGUGAAAAAGUUUUUAGAUUUUUACUUUAAAGCCAACAUCUUUUUUCAGUCGUGUUUGGUGAAGUUUGGUAAAAAUCCUGAUGUCCACAUGUCAGAACCAAGCAGACAAAACCCAACAGAAACAGACUGUGUGUUAGUUUACAGGGAAAAAUCAACAAUUAUGGGUUUGUUGACAUGGAAGAUAACUCAUUCUAGUUAUUGUGUCAUAUUAAUUAUAUAGUCAAAGAGCAGCAGCAACAAUAACACUAAAGGUUUUUUCUCUUUUCUCCUUUUAUUUUGUCUUCUAUUUUCAAAUGAAACUUCAAAUUGAUCCCAAAGUAACUUCUAAUAAACUUUUAUAUAUGUCUAUAUCAAGUGGAGGAUCAUAGCAAAACAUUUUCUUUCAUUGUUUUCUAACAUCUGCGGUGGUUUUACGUUCCCUCCACUUCUUCCCGUUUCAUUUUCACCUUUGACCUUAUGACAUCAACGUUACUAGCUACAGUAAUCCAGCUGUUUUAAGUCACAUAUAAAUUUGCUAACAACAGGUGCAGCAUGUUCCCCCACCAGGCGCUGUAAAAACAGACUUGUUUGCUGGAUAUUAAGGCCGAGCGUCAUCACGGUUAUUAUAUGGUAUAUUUGCCCAUGUUGGCCGUCUGUCUCAUUACAGUAAAAGGUUACAUGUAUCGGUUGUUUCCAAAAGCGGCAGGCAGUGAUUACUGCAAUCAGCAGAGCUCCAGCAGGUCUAUUAUUAUCUUGUUUUGACUUGUGAUCUGACCUGGCAGAUUAAAGAGAAGCCCGAAAACAACAGAAAGUCAUAAACAUGUGAAAAAGGAAAACAGCCGAGCUGUGGCUAAUCGGCGGGUCGCCUCUGUUCCUGAUCAGGUCAUUUACACACAACCACAACCAGCCGCUCCAAACAGAAAACACCUCAGGGUCACUUCAUCUGCUCUCACCUCAGCUGCUCUUCAUCACUCCUUGUGCCACUUUAUGCAGCUCUGAGGCCCUUUGGUAAGACAUGAAACUCAACAGGUUGUUGCUAGGUAACCCAGGAGGAAGCUAGCUUAGCUGCUUGUGAGCGGCUAAAGAUGCAAAAACUGUAAUUGAGUAAUAGCUGUAAUGUCUUUGAACUGCUCAUAAGUUAGGAACGAGGUGAGAGCUGGCUUCUAAGCGAGCUUGUUUGUUGUUGUCAUAGCAACUGCAUACCAAGAUGGCCGUCAGUUACAAAGGUUCGUGGAACUGUGACGUCACAUGAGAACCGUGUAUGGAACAUUUUAUCAGACGCAGAGCCGGUCCAAGGUUUGUUCCUGGGUGAGCGGAUGGCGUGUCGGGGUCAGAAUGCUGAUGGUCUGUAAAACCAUCCCCGUCUUUUGAUAACGACCCUCCCUCUGGAGUUUCAUGUGUCAUCGGGACCAAACACACACCGACGCUACAGCAGAACCUGGCAAACCUCUCGUAUCUAAAAGAUUGAUGAGGUCUGGUCCCUGCAAAGGACGCCUGGCUCCGUGUCGAUGAGGCAGCUUUCAUCUUUCUUCUUCUCUGCUCUUACUUCCGAGUCCUGUGGGAGGAUCAUGACAGGCGGAGGCCUUUCACACCAGAGGAGUCAUGAUUUUCCUCGGAUGUUCUGCCUCCGCUUACUUCCGCUUCUCCUGGUUUAGCUGCAGUUUGGGAGCCGGGCAGGAAAUCGGAGUCGGCAUGCCGCUGUGGGGCCGCCGGAGCUGGAAACACAGAGGGAACAGAGCUGAACCCAAAUGAGCUCAGCAAGCAGAGCUCCACACAGGACAAUGUGCAACAUCACCUUCUGUAAUGUGGACAGUAAGGUGGACCAGUUCUUCCAGCCCACUCUCUACAUCAUAGUCAUCGUUCUGGGGCUGCCGACCAACUGCAUGGCUCUGUGGGCCGCGUACAUGCAGGUACGUCAGCGUAACGAACUCGGCAUUUACCUGAUCAACCUGUCGGUGGCUGACCUCCUUUACAUUAUCACUCUUCCUCUGUGGAUCGACUACUUCCUGCAGCACGACGACUGGAUCCAUGGGCAGGAGAGCUGCAAACUGUUCGGCUUCAUCUUCUACACAAACAUCUACGUCAGCAUUGCCUUCCUGUGCUGCAUAUCACUGGACCGGUACCUGGCUGUGGCGUAUCCGCUGCGCUUCGUUAAGGUCCGGCGAAUCAAGACAGCCGUUUGCGUCAGUGCCAUCGUCUGGAUCAUUGAGAUUAUCGCCAAUUCCGCUCCUCUCUUCCACGACGAACUCUUCCAGGACCGCUUCAACCACACCUUCUGCUUCGAGAAGUACCCGAUGCAGGACUGGGUGGCAGGAAUGAACCUCUACAGGACUUUCCUUGGUUUCCUGACGCCAUGGACAGCCAUGCUGGUCGCCUACAGAGGGAUACUAGCCGCGGUGCGAUGCAACGUCUCCACGGAGCGCCAGGAGAAAGCCAAAAUCCAGCGGCUGGCCUUGAGUUUAAUUCUCAUCGUCCUGCUGUGCUUCGGACCGUACCACAUGCUGCUCUUGGUGCGCAGCGUCAUGUUUCUGAAGAAGCCGUGCGACUGCAGCUCAGAGGAGACGCUGUUUGCUGCGUACCAUGUAGCGCUGGCGCUAACUAGCCUGAACUGUGUAGCUGACCCCAUUUUGUAUUGUUUCGUCAACGAGGGUGCCAGGAACGACGUUAGCCGCGCCCUUUACGCCAUAUUGUCCUCGGCAUGCCAGAGGCGCCCCUCGUCCUCGCCGUCGCAUGCCGACAUACUCAAUGCUGGCUCGGUCACCAUGGAGACGCCUCUUUCGACAAAGAAGCCGUCGUGCGUGUACGUCGACGGCGGGAAGCCCAGCAGCUACAAGACGGAGCUGCUAGCCAUGAAGGAGGAAUGUCUGCAGAUGACCAUUCUUGCGGUUAAAAAGUGAAUUGUUGGAAACGGCAAACCGGUUCAAACCGUCCGGCGCUGCGAAGCGGAGGAUCGCCGCGAGUCGAGGGCGCGAUUUCUCUCACGACGACCAGGGCGAAGUCAGAUAUGUUCGGUGGUGGUUGACAGGAGGCGACCAAAAUUCCACUGAAACGCCAAAAUGAGAUUCAUGAGAACUAAAGAAACAGCGUUCAACACCUGAAAUGGCUGCUGCUAGCCUGCUAGCUAGCAUAGCAGGAAAUCUGGGUAACACUUUAUUUGAAAGAGUGUGCAUAAGACUGACAUGAACAUGAAGGAGUCUAAAUAUUUAUGACUGU